AUGUUUCUUACCCGCCAGAGAAGAUAUCCUCGCGACCCGAGCAAGUUUCCCACCUCGCAGCUCUUUGUGCUUGCACUUGUCCGAGUUGCCGAGCCCAUUGCCCUCACUUCCAUCUUUCCCUAUGCCUGGAAGCUCGUCCUGCACUACAAGGCCACCGACGAGAACAAUGCCGCCUUCUACUCGGGCAUCCUCAUCUCGGCCUUCGCCCUCGCCGAGGCCCUCACCGGCAUGUACUGGGGCGGCCUGAGUGACCGCAUUGGCCGCAAGCCCGUCCUGCUGCUGGGCUGCGCCGGCACGCUCCUCUCGCUCCUGGUCGUCGGUUUCGCCACAAACUUCUGGAUCGCCCUGGUUGGCCGCGCCCUCGGCGGCAUUCUCAACGGCAACAUUGGUGUCAUCCAGACCAUGGUUGGCGAGAUUGUCCACAAGCCCGAGCAUGAGCCCCGCGCGUACGCCGUCAUGCCCUUCGUUUGGUCCGUCGGAACAAUCGUUGGCCCGUCCAUUGGCGGAUACUUUGCUGAGCCCUCGAAGAACUUCCCCGCUCUCUUCCCCGAGGGUUCGCUCUUCGACAGGUUCCCCUAUCUCCUGCCAAACCUGAUCUGCGCUCUUAUGCUCUUCGGCUCCAUUAUUGCUGGCUAUGUGUUCUUGGAGGAGACUCACCCGGAUAUGCAGCCCUGGAGCACUGCCGAGGACCUGCAAGACACGCAUGCCGAGACGCCUCUCAUGCCCACUGCUGGUGCCACUGCCCACGCAGCCGCCAACCUGGCGACCGAGUCCUACGGCACCUUCGACAAUGUUGACGUCCAGCGCGAACAGACCUGGACCGUGAAGGCCGACGGCGGCGACGCCCCUGUCUCUCACUCUGUCUUCUCGAAGAAUAUCAUGAUGCUCGUCAUUGCUCUUGGUAUCUUCACCUACCACAGCAUGACCUAUGAUGUGCUGCUUCCCAUCUUCUUGCAAGACCAUCGUGCCCACCACACCAAGGCUCUCAGCGUCCCGCUGGCCGGUGGCCUGGGAAUGACAAUCCAGCAAGUCGGCCUGAUCCUCAGCAUCAACGGCAUCAUCGCCCUGGUCAUCCAAGCCGUCGUAUUCCCUCUGAUGGCCGCCUGGUUGGGUGUUUGGCGCCUCUUUGUCGUCGUCACCGUCGGCCACCCCAUCGCCUACUUCAUCGUGCCGUACCUGGUCAUCCUGCCUGACCAUUUGCUCUACCCGGCCCUUUACGCCUGUCUCACCGUCCGCAACUUCUUUUCCAUCCUCGCCUACCCUCUUCUUCUCAUCCUCAUCAAGGAAGCCUCGCCAUCGCCUUCGGUCCUGGGCAAGAUCAACGGCUUGGCCGCAAGUACCGGCGCCGCAUGUCGCACUGUCGCUUCUCCGAUCGCAGGUCUGCUGUACGGAGCCGGCGCUCAUGCAAGCUUCACCGCUCUGCCCUGGUGGGUCAGCGCUCUGAUCGCCGUCGUUGCCUCGGCUCAGAUUCCGUUCAUCAAGCGUGAGAACAAGCGCGAGACGCACGUGAAACCCGUUGCGAAGUGCCGCCUCAUGCCUGCCGAAAGCCCCGAUUGGAAGCAGGAGAUUGUCCACAUUACCGUCGAGGAAGAACCUUGA